AUGGCGGGGCAGCGAUGCUGUCUCGACAGAUCUUUGCAACAAGGGUUUCACGCCGCCGCCGCCCACCGCCCACCGCCGCCGCCCAUCCACACCGCCGCCCCUCCCCGAACCCCGACCACGUCCUCCACCUACCGUCUCGACAAGUGCCUAGGGUUUCACGCUGUCGCCGUCGCCACCCACCUCCCACCGCCGCUGCCUCCCACCCUCCCGGCCCCGUCCUCUGCCGGCUACAGUCGCCUCCCGCCACGUCCCCUACACCAGCAGAACGACGCUGCCGCCCAGCUCGCCUCGCCGUCAUAUCGUUCGAUCGAGAUGCUGCCCGUCCAGCAUGGCCAACUGGCCGAUGAUGGAGAUGAGGCAAACAAAGCGUGGACAGGGGAGAAGAGGCGCCGCAAGCACCUGCCCCCAUCAUCUUCCGAUGCUCCUGCCACUGCCCACGACCAUGGAGACAUGGAGGACACCAUCCAAGGGGCCCAAGAUCCGAUUUCUCAUACAAGGGUGCUGCUGCUCAGAAUAGAUUCGGCACAAUUCUUCGGGCCGGACGUCCUUAUCAGGAAGGAAGACCAUGGGGACAUGGAGGACACCAUCCAAGGGUGCCAAGAUCCGAUUUCUCAUGCCACAGACAUGGAGCUGCUGCCCAAAACAGAUUCGGCAGAAGAAGCAAGCCAGGAUUGCUUCGGGCCGGACGUCUUUAUCAGCAAGGAAGACAAAACCCGUUAUGCCCAACGUUUGCGUCCCAGCAUUCUUCCCAGGGAGGAAGACCUGCCACUUGAUAUGACAUGGGAGGAAAAAGGCAAGAUAAAAGCGCGCCUUGCACGCCUUCGCAUCACUUAUUACAAGGCUUUGAAGCCAGAGUGCGCACGUGAACGUGAGCUUAUGGAACCAGAAGAAUACACUGAUGCUGAACUUCGUAAGGAGUUGUACUUUAAGCGGUUAGAGGAGGAUGAAAGUUUUGAGUGGUUCGUCCAUCCUGAUGAUACCUAUAAAGCUGGAUUGAAUGACUACCAACGGAUUGCCCCUCGUAAUUUUCUGCCUUAUAGUGGUCGGAACCUGUACCGCUAUCACGAUGAGUAUCACUCACGUUAUCAUACAUAUAAAGUUGAUGCUCUUUAUGUCAAGUACUAUGCAGAAAUUUCAAAGAAAAUCAAGUGGAUUACAAAGUAUUUGCAUCUGGAUCGCAGCACCAAGGAAUGGUCUGACAAGGAUACUAGAGCAUGGAGGCAAGCAUUGAAGAUUGCAACUGGCUUUCCCCAUAUGACUGUUCGUUUAGCUGCGUUUGCUUAUAAUGAGUACAUUCUUGAGAUGGAUAAAGAUGCGUCCCUCAAGGACAUAGAUCUUCUCUAUUUUGAGAUCUGGAGGCGUGUCGCUAAGAAAAAUUUAAGUUACAUGGGUGCUGUGAAGGAAGUAUAUGAAAUGAACAAGUUCGAUGCACACAAAAGGAGACUAGAUGGUGAACUGAAAGGGGUUCCUGCCAUUGCAACAAUAAAACAAUACAUGCACUAUGUUGUCCGACAGGGUGGUAUUGAUGAGAAGACCGAAGAGGGUGAAGCUCGGGAAGUGUUUAGGAUGUUAUCUAUCAGUAUGCAUAAAGCAAUGAACAUGGCUCAGUACGCUCAGAAAAAGUUGGAUUUAGCAGAUGAGCUAAAGUUGGACAAAGAGGGUGGAAUUGUUCCAUUGGAAAGAACAUUUGAGUUCUGA